AGAUGGCGAGGACAGCACUCCUUUUCUGUCUCUCCUUCUCUCUGGUCUUGACCAGUGUUGGUGCCAUCAAGACGCUGAAAAACAUUAAGUACCUGAAGAAACACACAAACUUUGUCAAGGAAUUGCCACGACAUGGUCUCAUGCUCCUACACUGGUUCGCCAACAUUGUAGUAAUUGAUGGAAAUGGUGCGAUACAGCUUAGCUUUGAUCCAGGACAGGGCAGCUAUGGACUACAUCUCUACAGAAAUAUGAUGCCUGAUCAAAAUGUUAAAGGAAGAGCACCUUCUAGGUCUGAAAGUCGUUAUUACUCUUUGGGUGAUCUCAGCUGUGGAAGAGCUCGAAUGUUGCCGUUUUAUGUAAUGCAGGAUUUCCAUAAUUCGAAGGGAUCUCAAUACGGAAACAUAGACAGGGUUCUGAUCAAAGUCCAGAACGACAGUCCACAAAGAGUCGACAAAGUGUACAUAACUCAGAAAAGCCAAGGAACCGGCUUUGACCCAAGCAAGACCUAUGAGAUUAGCGCUCAACUCCUGAUCCAAAUUCGAGCGCUUCGGAAGAACAUUGCAUGUAAUGCAGAUGACCCUAGACUGGACUUUAGCCCAUGUGAAUUCUUGAAUCAUCAACAAAAAGCUGCAAAAAUAGAGAUGAUGUAUCCCAAGGCACCAGGUCUCGCCUGGUUUCUGACUCUGGCUGGUUACAACAUCGACCAAAGGUCUGAUAAAUUUUCAACUCUCUUCUGCUCAACAAACAUCUCCAAUAGCAACUACUACCCACUUUCAACUGAAGACAAUGAAAGACAGUGUUUUGUGCACCACAGGAUAAAGCUAGAGGUGAAAUCCACAUCAACAGGGUUUGCAAGGAUCACAUGGAGCGGAAUACCGGAAAGUAUCGCCAGGAUAGACAUAAACGUAGGUCUUUAUGAAGAUGGUACCAAAGAGGAACCUUUGAAAGAGUGUCCACUGAAUGGAAGAACAUUUGGAUCCAUAGACACUACGGUUCCCCUGAACCCUGGCCUUCAGGUACAUCUACUACGGAGCGAAAAGACUUUGCACUACCUUCUUUUCAGCACCACACACUACACAAGCAUCUGGAAAGGCCCAGAGUUUGACGAAGCCAAUGGGAUUCUUCCAACUAGAGUCCGAGGUUAUGAUAUGAGUCUGCAGCUUUACACUAAAGAUGGCUACGCAUGUGCUCGACUCUACGUUAAGAAGUCCUUCAUCAAUUGGAGAAAUGUCUUCGACAACUCAUGGGUGGGAUUCUACGCUAGGUCAUCAGAUGAUAAUGACAAGUACAGCAAGUACGAGUGGGUUGUAAACUUUGAGAAGAGGUCAGAAGAAGACUGCCCUUCGGAUUUCGACAUCUACGAGAGUGAGUCCAGUCUAGAUAUUGGUCCUGGAGUCCAGGCUCGACUCAUGCUGACAAACCAUAUUGCCAGUGAGAAAGCCCGUACUGUCCCCUGGGAGGAACGUUCAACCUUCAAACAGUAGCUAGAUUGUCCUAGGACAACUUUAGGACAACUUUCUCUAGAUCUCAGUCUAUAUGGCUUUAUUCUCAAAGUGACUAGAUUUCUUAGAUGCCUAUGCCUUACAUCACAUUUUACUAUGUGUCUAGGGAUAGAUAUACUCCAUGUCUUCAUGUUUUGUCUUAAAAUCCUUGGUUAGCGUGCUUCUCUUGCUUCACCUUAUGUUAUUUCCUUCAACCUCAGGCCUGCUCUUGGACUAAAUGGUACACAUCAACAAUUUACAAUUUAAAAAUCUUUAGUCUAAACCAGUGAUCACCAACCUGGUCCUGGAGAUCUACUUUACUGCAGAGUUUAGUUCCAAUCUGCUUCUAACAUGCUGCACCUCCUCACCUACCACUAAUGCAUCUG